ACAUCGCCGAGGCCAUCAAGCUGGCCUCCAACGAGAACCCGUACCCUCCCCCGGCCGCGGUGGUGGAGGCGGUGGCUGAGGCCUGCCGCGGCGGCAACCUCUACUGCGACCAUCGGGCCACCGCGGUGCGCGAGGCGCUGGCUGACCGGCUGGGCCUGGCCGUCGAGCAGGUCACGGGGGGCGAGGCUCAGUGGCGCUGCUGUACCAGUUCGCCACCGCCUAUGUGGACCCCGGCGACGAGGUGGUCACGCCGUGGAUCUCCUUCGAGGCCUACCCGAUCUCGGUGCAGACCAUGGGCGGGACGCUGGUGAGGGUGCCGCUGACCGCCGGGCACGCCUUCGACCUCGACGCCGUGGCCGCAGCCGUCACCGCACGCACCAAGCUCGUGUUUCUGGCCACCCCCAACAACCCCACGGCACGGCCGUGUCGACCGCGGCCGUCGCACGCCUCGUGGAGCGGGUUCCCCGAUGUGGUGGUGCUGGUGGACGAGGCCUACCGGGAGUUCGCGGACCCCGCCCUCGGCGACCCGGUGGCCGAUCUGCUGCCCCGCUUCGACAACGUGGCCGUGGCCCGAACGUUCUCCAAGGCCUACGGGCUGGCCAGCCUGAGGUUGGGAUACGUGAUGGCCCACCCGGAGGUCGUAUCAGCCAUCGACAAGUGCCUGAUCCCGUUCAACGUCAACGGUCUGGCCCAGGCCGCGCCCUGGCCGCCAUGCGCACUAACGCCGCCGCGGAGGCGCAGGCCAACAUCGACGCCAUCCGAGCCGAGCGGGGCCGGGUGGCGGCCGCCCUGGCCGCCGACGGCUGGGAUAUCCCGACGCCCAGGCCAACUUCGUGUGGAUGCCGCUGGGCAGCCGCACCGACGAGGUGUGCAUCGCCCUGGAGCAGCGGGGCGUGGUGGCCCGGCCGUUCUCGGGGGUGGGCAUCCGGGUGA